UUAGAGAAAGAGAUCAGAGAUGGUGGGGAGAGAUGUAGAGAAGAUGGUGGCAGUAGGCCUCGUUUGGGGCGCCACAAACGCCCUUAUGCGCAGAGGCGCAAUCAUAUGGGACGAAGCACUGAAAUCUACCCCUCAAACAAACACGGGACAGGUCAAGAAAUGGUUGAAGCUCGUGUUGAUUUGGCAGUACACUUUGCCUUUCCUGAUAAAUCUGUCAGCAUCAGCCACUUUCUUUGGCAUUUUGAUUGACACUCCCAUUUCUUUAGCUGUGCCGGUGACGAAUGCAACUACAUUUGCUGCCACUGCUGUUUUUGGGAUCAUUCUUGGUGAAGAAACCCGUGUUGGUCUUGCCUUGUUCGGUACUCUUCUCAUUCUUCUUGGUGUCUGUGUUUGCAUCAUCUGAGUGAGAUACUGAAUCAUGUUAAUUACCCAUGAUUUCAUUCUAGACUUAAUGAAUGCAAUGUGUUUGCUGAAAUGCCCCUGUGGGGAAUGAGAGUGUGAAUUAGAAUUUGAAUGCUGCUAUCCUGUUACUGAAUAGGUGAGAUAACGAUAACAGAUAUAUUUCUUUCUGAUUUGUUUGUGUACAACUUUAUGAUGGUCUUGUUUGCAAAUUGGUUUACUGUAUUUACUUAGUCUCUUGUACAUUAUAUAAUGGUAGGGGUAAGAGAGACUAUGAGAUUGUGGCCUUAACUGAAAAAACAUUUUAGCAAUAGCCGUUUGUUGAUCUAUAUUGAUCGAAUCAGUUGAU